UUAAAAGUCGUGAUGAUUGGUGAUGCUUCAAUCGGGAAAACUUCAUUGGUGCUUAGGUAUAUAGACCGGCAAUUCCAAGACACCAUCAGCACAAUUGGAGCAGCAUUCAUUCUAAAAAGCUGGGGUCAUUAUAACAUAGCCAUAUGGGAUACUGCCGGAGAAGAAAGAUAUUCAGGAAUGAGCACAUUCUACUGCCGCAAUGCUGCAGCCGCUAUUUUAGCAUUUGACAUUACAGAUCGUCAAACAUUUGAAAAUUUAAG